CAUGCACAUGGCUUCUAAUGGUACUAGUUUGUUUUGGUCUGGUAUAAAGGUGGUGGAGAAAUACGGGUCUCGGUGAAAAGUUAAGCUUUGCAAGAGACAAGUUAAUGGAGAAUUUCUUAUGGACAGUAGAGAAUUCUGAGCUACAGUUUGGAUAUUUUAGAAGAAUGUCUACCAAAAUUAAUUCACUAAUAACAAUAAUUGAUGAUAUUUAUGAGGUGUAUGGCACCUUGGAUGAACUCGAGUUGUUUACAGAUGCUAUUGAAAGAUGGGAUGUUGAUGCAAUGGACCAACUUCCUGACUAUAUGAAGUUAGGUUUUCUAGCCCUCCAUAACUCAAUCAAUGAAAUGGCUUAUGAUGUCCUUAAGAAACAGGGUUUUUAUAUCAUUCCCUACUUGAAGAAAGCUUGGGCAGAUUUAUGUAAAUCAUAUUUAGUGGAGGCCAAAUGGUACUAUAGUGGAUAUACACCAACAUUGCAAGAAUAUAUGGACAAUGCAUGGAUUUCUAUAUCAGCUCCUGUAAACCUAGUCCAUACUUAUUUUCUUGAAGGAUCUCCAAUCACAAAUGAAGCUUUGAAAUGCAUGAAGGAUUAUCCUGAUAUAAUCCGAUGGUCGGCUAUAAUUCUUAGAUUUGCAAAUGACCUUGGAACAUCUUCGGUUGCUCUUCGGUGCAAUAAUGAUGUAAUAUCUCCUUUUGUGACCAAUUCUCUGAUGAAAUGA